AUGUCAAAGUGUACAGUUGGUGUUCGACAAGAAACAUUAGAACAAAUGUUACAUGUCCUUGAUGCAUCAUCAAUAGAUGCUUUAACAAAAACAGCUGAAAAAAAUAUGCAUGUUUUUUCAAUUGCUGAGCAAAAUGAAUUAAUUCAACUUAAAUUAGUCAAUCGUCUUUAUGCACAAAAAACAUAUAAACUUCACCAGGAAUAUUUAAGUCUUGUUCAAAAUUCAUUUAAAAGUGAUAUUAAACUUGAAGAUUUUGAAAAUAAUAGUGUUCAUGUUGUUGAAACAAAAAAUACAUGGGUUGCAGAACAAACAAAUAAAUUAAUUCAAAGUUUACUUUCGAAAAAUGAUGUUACACGUGAUACACGAUUAAUUAUUGUUAAUUGUAUUUAUUUUAAAGGUACAUGGCUAAAACAAUUUCAAAAACAUUCAACAAAUCCAAAUGCUGAUUUUCGUGAAACUAAUGGUAAUAUUUCAAAAAUAAAAUUAAUGUAUCAAAAAGAAAAAUUUGAUUAUGCUGAAGACAAUAAUUUACAUGUACAAAUUGCUCAUUUGCCAUAUCAAAGGGAUAAUGAUCAAGUUGAAUUUGUUUUUACUGUAAUCUUACCUAAACAAAAUGUCUCAUUAGAUGAAGUUGAACAAAAAUUAGCAUCAAAAACAAAUUUAAUGCAACAAAUAUUAAGUUAUGAAAAAACAACAAGAGAAGAACUUCUUUUAUAUUUACCAAAAUUUAAAAUGGAAGCUACAUUUGAAUUAAAUGAUGUUCUUAUACGACUUGGAAUGAUAAAUGCAUUUAGUGAUACCAAAGCAAAUUUUACUGGCAUUUUCAGUGAACAAAAUGAUAAAAAUGGUUUAUACAUUAGCAAGGUUAUUCAUAAAGCAUUUAUCGAUGUAGAUGAAAAAGGAUCAGAAGCAGCAGCAGCUACAGCGGUUGUUAUGACUUUUGGUUGUGCAUUAAACUUUUCAGAAUCAUCGCCUAUUGAAUUCAAAGUUGAUCGACCAUUCUUAUUUUUUAUUCGUGAAAUUCGACAAAAUAUUGUUUUAUUCAGUGGCAAAUUUGUUUCACCACCAACAUCUUCAUAA